AUGUCCAUGUUUACAAGAAAAUUUACUAAAGACUUGACCGAGCUUUUGACAAAUUAUGGCGAACAUGAUAUCAAAAUUAUCGCUGGAGAAGGUAAAAACGCUCAGACGUUUCAAGCUCACUUGCUUAUUUUGCGUGCACGUUCCCCGUAUUUUCGAUGUGCUUUAUCAAAAGAAUGGGCCAAAAAUGAAGGCGCAAUGAUGGUUUUUAAAAAACCAAAUAUUUCACCUAAAAUAUUUGAGCUUAUACUCAAUUAUUUAUAUACCAGCGUAAUCGAUCUCAAUAAAGAAAACGGACAUGAUGUCUUGAGUUUACUUGUUGCCGCAGAUGAACUAGAAAUUAAGGAAUUAAACAAUCACGCUCAAGAGUUUUUGAUUACAAAAAUGUCUACCUGGGUUCAACAGAAUCUCGUAAAGAUUAUACAUACUAUUCCCUUUCGAAAAUCAUUCAAGAGAUUGGAUGAGUAUUGUGUUAAAACUUUCAGGGAAGAACCUCAUAUGUUUUUCGAAUCAGGGGAUUUUUUAUCUCUAAAGGAACAUGAACUUGUAUCUUUGCUAAAAUACGAUAAUCUAGCAAUGGACGAAAUCGAGGUUUGGAAUUCAAUCAUCAAAUGGGGUACUAAGAAUACCUUGAAUUUAAGCGACCAACCUAUUUCAAAAUGGACACCUAAAAAUUUUGCGGCUCUAGAAGAGACUCUUCAUCAAUGCAUUCCAUUGAUCCGAUAUAGCGAUAUCUCCAGCAAUGAUUACUUCGAAAAAGUAAUUCCUUAUGAGCAAAUACUUCCAAAGGAUAUAAAAAUAGAAAUUUUGGGUUAUCAUCUUAAAGGCUCUACUCCACAACCUGUUAAAAUUCUACCUCCUCGAUCAGGCUCCAUCGAUUCUAAGAUUAUUAGCUCUAAACACAUUAA